ACUCCCCCGCAGUGUGAGAUAACCGUGUGUAGGAUCUCAGUGUCCAGGAUCUGCUGAGGGAUCCUUGAUCCUGCGUCCUCGUGUGACUGCGCUCUAAAGUUGACCUAAGGCUGUUUGGGCAUGACAUCCACUUCCAUGAUAAAAAGAUUGCUUUGCUGGAGGCUGGUCCUAGGAAAGAAUAUGAUCACAUGCCAGACAGUUACAGCAACAGGGUCAGUUCCAUCUCCCCAGGAUCAGCAACCCUCCUAAGCAGUUGUGGUGCCUGGGAUCAUGUCUGCAGCCUGAGACUCAAACCAUUCCGACGCAUGCAGGUGUGGGAUGCUUGUUCAGAAGCCAUGAUCGUUUUUGAGAAAGAUGACUUAGAUGACAUGGGUUACAUAGUGGAGAAUGAUGUCAUUAUGUCUGCUCUCACAAAACAGUUAGAUGCAGUAGCAGACCGGGUGGAGGUCUUCUACAGGAGCAAAGCAGUUGGGUACACCUGGCCCCUUCCUUCCCAUGACUGUGACACAAGCCCUUGGGUCCAAGUUGAGUUAGCUGAUGGACGCAGACUUCAGACCAAGCUGCUGAUUGGUGCGGAUGGUCAUAACUCUAUGGUCCGGAAGGAAGCUGAAAUUAAGAACAUUGAACAUCAGUAUGACCAGUCAGCUGUGGUGGCAACUCUCCAUUUAUCUGAGGCAACAGACAACAAUGUAGCAUGGCAGCGGUUCCUUCCCACUGGGCCAAUUGCACUUCUUCCGCUGUCUGACACUGCCAGCUCUCUGGUCUGGUCUACAUCUCAUGACCAUGCAUCGGAACUUCUUGCUAUGGAUGAGGAAAGCUUUGUGGAUAGCAUCAACUCUGCCUUUUGGAGCAACAUAAACCACUCUGACUUCAUUGACACUGCUGGGGCCAUGUUUCGUUCUGCCAUUUCACUCCUGAAGCCCUCAGGGACUGCAGUCCGUCAGCUGCCCCCAAGUGUUGCUAAAGUAGAUCCAGAGAGCCGAGCCGUGUUCCCCCUUGGACUGGGCCACGCCACAGAGUACGUCCAGCACCGCGUGGCUCUCAUCGGGGAUGCAGCACACAGAGUCCACCCCCUUGCAGGACAAGGAGUGAACCUGGGCUUUGGUGAUAUUGCAUGUUUAGCUCAUCACCUCAGUGCAGCAGCCUUCAACGGGAGCGAUCUGGUUCCCAAAGGAAACUGCUCUGUAGAUAAGAUGCACAAUUGUUUGUGGCAUAUCCGGUGUAAUAGAAACAUUCAGUUAUCUCUUCCAGGCUCCUUAAAACACCUCCUCAAGUUUGAAACAGAACGUCAGAGGCAUAAUGUCUCCUUGAUAGCUGCUACUGAUGUGCUAAAAAGGCUGUACUCUACCACACUGGCUCCUCUGGUGUUGUUGAGGACAUGGGGAUUGCAAGCAACAAAUGCCCUGCCUCCUGUCAAAGAGCAAAUCAUGGCUUUUGCCAGCAAGUGAUCUGUUGUCAGUCUGCCUGUCAGCAGCUUGCCUCUGAAUGCAUUGCCCUUAAAAGGACUGUGACUGACUUGAAUCUUUGAAUUUUUAAUUUACAAUAAAACUGAGGGAUUGACCUGUGUAUUACACCA